UCCUCCUCUUUGUCUCGUAAUUUACUCUGACCCAUAGUUUUAUAGCUAAAACGUACCGAUCUGUUUGACAACAUUAAUAAGCUACUUUCCAGCAACACUACAACUUAAUUAUAUGCUUAUAUUUAAAGUUUAGCGUGUGAGAAAUGGCUGCCUUUAAUCCUGUCUCCUCUCUAUUCUCCCCCUUCUCUCUGCAUCUCUCUUCCUCCUUUCCUUUCUCUCCACUCAUGAAAUAUUGAAAUCACACACUCUACUUGUUAAGUAUUCUAAUCUUGAUUAAUCAAAUCUAGGGUUCAAGUUCCUAAUUUCCUAAAUCUUAAUCUAAUAUUGUUUUCUUCUUAUAUCUUUUCAAAUCUAUCCACUUCAACUAGCGAGCUCGCUCUCCAUUAAACUAAACCCAAAAUGAUAUAGUUUUUAAUCCAAAACUAUUUUUUUAGGGUUCCAUAGUUUUUUAUAAUUUCUUUGUUUUCUGUUGUUUGUGUACUGUGGAUGUUAUUUUGGCAUGGCUGGUUUGGAUUUAGGCACUUCUCGUUUUAAUAAUAUUCAUCAACAAUUUCACAGUCCUGACUUCACUCUACAAACUCAGCAACAGCAACAGGAUGAUCGAAAUAAUCAUCCGUUUUCCGGGGAUCAUGACGAGGAUAGCGGUCAACAACCAGGUCAUGAUCUUGUUCCCGGAAACAACGGUUCUGGGAACAUAGUAGGCCGUCGGCCCAAAGGCCGACCGGCCGGAUCCAAGAACAAGCCCAAACCACCUGUGAUUAUCACAAGGGAAAGCGCCAACACUCUGCGAGCUCAUAUUCUUGAGGUGUCCAAUGGAUGUGACAUUUUCGAGAGCGUGGCUACGUACGCGCGGAAGAGGCAGCGUGGGAUAUGUAUUCUGAGUGGAAGCGGCACGGUGACUAACGUCAGCAUAAGGCAGCCGGCUGCAGCUGGCUCCGUGUUGACACUGCAGGGAAGAUUCGAGAUUUUAUCGCUGUCCGGAUCAUUUCUCCCCCCUCCUGCGCCGCCUGGCGCAACCAGCUUAACAAUAUUCUUGGCAGGAGGUCAAGGCCAAGUGGUGGGAGGGAGCGUGGUGGGGGAGUUGACCGCGGCUGGACCGGUGAUUGUUAUUGCUUCCUCGUUUACUAAUGUUGCUUAUGAAAGACUUCCCUUGGAAGAAGAGGAGAGUGGUCUUCAGAUGCAAGGCGGAGGUGGAGGUGGAGGUGGAGAUGGGAGUGUGCACAACACGAGUAAUAAUCCCUUUCCGGAUCCUUCUUCGGGCCUGCCGUUUUUGAAUUUGCCGAUCAAUAUGCCUCCCAAUGUUCAGUUACCGGUGGAUGCAUGGCCGGGUAAUUCAGGUGGAAGGCCUCCAUUUUAAGUCAUCGGAUCCUUAAACUCAUGUGUUUCCAGUAAUUAAUUCUGAGCUAGACAUCGAUAAAUUGGAGGAUUACAAGUUAUGCUGGAUUGUUGGAUUGCUAAGGUCAGAGAAUUUAGAUGGUUUCUUUUCUUUUCUUUUCCUUUUACAUUUCUCAGCUUUGGGUUUUCUUUCUUUUCUGUUAAAUUUCGGUUUGUAGAAUGCUAAUAAGUAAACACUUUGUUGAAGUUUUCAUAA